GGGUGGUGGGGGAAUCUUCCCAACCCUGAAGUGCGGUGGGGGCUCCAAGCCCUCCCGCCCCUGCCCCUGCUGAGGGUCGGGGAGGCGGGGCCAGGGCUGCCAAGCCCCACUUACAGAUGGGGAAUUUGAGGCCCAGAGAGCUUAAGUCACGUGCCCUGGCCACCCGGCUGGUGCAGCCCGUCCGUGCCCCCUGGCCACACCCCCCAGCCUGCUUCCCUGGGGUGCGCACCAGGCCAGAGCAGGGGACAUCGGUGAUGAGCUGGUCUGGUGGUUUUGAACGUUGUUCCGGUUGGACGUGAUAGAAGUCAGCCUGGUUAAUGCUCUGAUGGGGUCCUCAAAGGGCAGCCGGGGCCUACGGGCCGCAGCCUGUCUGACGGGGUGUCCUGACCCCCCACGGCCCUCCCAUCAGACAGGCUGAAGCUUCAUCCUUACCUGGGGCCAGCCCACCCUCUGCUGCCCCACCCCCCCAGGUGUCCUUCCCUCUGUGGGUCCCCGAGGCCUCCUUGUGGAGGGGCCCCGAGGCCACGUGGGCAGGACCUGAGCUACACAUGCCACAGAAGCCCGUGCCCGGCCCUCCUCAUCAGCCUGCAUGCUUGACCUUCGUGCCGCUAGUCACCCACACAGCUCUGGGACGCGGGCCAGGUGGGCGGGGAGCAGCACCCCCUCUGACCACCCGUCAGCCCAACCCAAGGCCACGCAGUCUGCUGGUGCUGGACAGGGAUGAACAUCUCUGAGCUGUUUGGGUGCUUUCUGGCUCGCCCCUGAGGUCCCAGCCUCCAGCUAACGCCAGCCCUUCUCUUCCAGGGCCCCCGCCGCCAUGCACAAACACUACACCGUCCACUUCGCCAAGGGCGCCCUGCCCUCUCGGACCCCCGCCGAGCGCUACUUCUUGGACCCGGAGUUGGGGCACCAUAAAGGAUGCUGUCACCAGUGGCGCCGUGACCCGGCGGCCCUUCCAGCCCACGGGCCCUGCCGGCUGCCCCCACAGGUGCGCUGGCAGCUGGCCUACAACAACCGGGGGGGUGUCAGCGGCUGCCCCCCCGGCCCCCGGCCCCCCAGCCCCCUGCGACAGCGGCUCUGCUCCGUUCCAGGGGUCCAGAACGGGCCACCUGCAACCGCUGCUGCCCCCACGCAACCGGCCAGCGCCCCCCAGCCGCCCCCCAGGCCCACCAUGUCACCUGCCACCACAGCACCUGCCAUGGCCAGCGGCGGCCCGGCCCCGCCCCCUGCAGCCGGCACCCUCCUGGAGCCCAGCAGGCCCAGUGAUGCCCGCCCCCUGCCCGCCCCGGCAGCCUGCGGUUCCUUCACCUACAGCUCGGAUAUUCUGACAGAAGAUGACGUCUACUGCAGCUGCCUGGCCAAGACCCUCUGCCACGUGCCUGUCCCUGUGACCGUGGGUUUCUAUGCCCCCUUUGGCUGCCGUCUGCACAUGAUGCUGGACAAGAUCACCGCGCUGAUGCAGCAGGAGGCGGCGCAGCGCGAGGCCGAGGAGCUGCGGCGCGUGCGGUGGCAGCCGCGGGCGGUGCGCGGCUGGGGCUUCCCGCGGCUGCUGUGGUACCUGGUGUUCCUGCAGCCGGUCAUCACCGAGGUGCACCUGCGGCGCAAGAACGUGAAGUUCCUCUUCAUCCGCUUCAGCGCCUGGCAGUACGCGGGCACCGACAAGCUGUGGGCCGGCCUGGUGACCACGCUGUGCGAGGGCAUCCGCCACCACUACGGCGCGCUGCCCUUCAGCGUGUACUCGGUGCUGGGCAACAAGCCGGCCACGACGCCGGGCUUCUGCCAGCGCGAGUGGCACUGCCGGCGCCGCGUGUGCCUGGCGCUGCUGGCGCUGCUGGCGGCGCUCGGCCUCGGCGUGGGCCUGCUCUACCUGUCGGUGGGCGCCCGCGCGCCGGGCCACGGCGCCGCCGGCGGCAGCCUGCUCCGGGUGUUCGGCGGCGCGGCCACCACGCUGUCGGGCUCGGGGCUGCUCAUGGCCGUGUACUCGGUGGGCAAGCACCUGUUCGUGAGCCAGCGCAAGAAGAUCGAGCGGCUGGUGUCUCGCGAGAAGUUCGGCAGCCAGCUGGGCUUCAUGUGCGAGGUGAAGAAGGAGGUGGAGCUGCUCACCGACUUCCUGUGCUUCCUGGAGAUCUACCAGCGGCGCCGGCUGCGCGUCGUGCUCGAGGUCACCGGGCUGGACACGUGCUACCCGGAGCGCGUGGUGGGCGUGCUCAACGCCAUCAACACGCUGCUGUCCGACAGCCACGCGCCCUUCAUCUUCAUCCUGGUGGUGGACCCCAGCAUCCUGGCCGCGUGCCUCGAGAGCGCCGGCUCCAUGAAGGGCACGGCCGACAACGGCUACCUCUUCCUCAACCGCACGGUCACGCUGCCUUUCUCCGUGCCCAUCAUGGGCCGCCGCACCAAGCUGCAGUUCCUGCACGACGCCGUGCAGAGCCGCGACGACCUGCUCUACCGCGAGAUGACGCGCAGGCUGCGGCCCGGCUGCCGCGGGGGAGGCGGCGAGGUCGCGCAGCUCCUGGCGGUGGAGACGCAGGCGGGCGCGCAGGGCGCGCAGAGCCGCAUAGACGCGGAGGCGGCGCGCCGCAUCCAGGAGGCGCUCUUCUGCCUGCACGACGAGCGCGACUGCCUGUACGAGUACGUGCCCGACAACGUGGUGUCCAUGCGGCGUAUCGUCAACACCGUGCCCAUCACCGUGCGCCUGCUGCAGCAGCAGGACGGGGACUUCGCGGGCCCCACGCCGCGCCAGGCCGUGGCGUGGGUCGUGCUCGCCAACCAGUGGCCGUGCCGCCUCAGCUGGGCGCUGCAGUGCCUGGAGGACCGGCAGCAGGCGGGGGGCGCGCCCGAGGCCCGCGCGCGCCUCUGGGACGUGUUCUGCGACAACAGCCGCGAGCUGCACGCCAUGACCAAGGCGUUGCAGAACGUGCUGGACUUAGACGGCGACCCCGAGCUUUUCGAGCGCUUCCUGGGCGCCGACUUCCCCUUCACCGUGGCCGAGGCGCAGAGCCUGCUGCGCUGCACCGUCAACCUGGACCACUCCAUCCGCCGCCGCAUGGGCCUCAUCCGGGCGGUCAGCGCGCUCAAGCCGCCCAGCGCGCCCGGGUCCCCGGCCCACGCCGCGUCCCACGCCGCCAACGGAGCCGGCCACGCGCCCGGGGCGUUGGGGUCAGGGCAGGGCGCCGGGCACGCCCCCGGGCACGCCGGCGAGGCCCACCGCCCACGGGACCGGGCGCACGGGGGCAAACCACGGCCCGGGACGGGCCUCGAGUGGGUGCCCCGGGAGCCCCGGGAGGCAACGGCUCCUCCCGCCGCCCAGAUCGGGGUGUGAGGGGUUCAGCCGGCCCGCGGCCGGUGUCUGGGAUGAGGCCUCCGGUGGCCACCCCGCCCCCCACCCCCAGACGAAGCUGUGAGCCGGAGAGAGCUGUAGGCAGGCGCAGCGUUGUCAGAGCCGGCGCCUGAGAGCUGGCGCGGGAGGACCAGUGAAGCAGCAGCCCGGGUUCAAGUGCAAUAAACGGAGAUGUGAAAGCC